AUGUCUCCUGUUCGAAUUCCGUACCGGCCUGCCGGUGUCCUUCCGAUUGGCAUCCCACCACUCAACUUGUUCAGAAUGUGGGCGCACUCACCGUCGACAUUACCCCACGCGAUUUCUCUUGGGACUGCCUGCUUUCGAGACACUUCUCUCUCACCUUACCAACGAGAACUGGUUUGCUUACUCAACGCCCAACGUCUCUGCUGUGAAUAUCAAUGCAAGCAACACAUUCAAAUUGCAAGGACAACUGGGGUAUCAGAUAGCCAGAUCGAAGCACUGAGUACCGGGGAUAUUACAUCUGACGUGUGGUCGAAUCAGGAGAAAGCGUUACUGGCAUUUGUUGACGAGGUUAUUGCCGGUCCAGAGGUUAGCGAUCUGGUGUUCGAUAAUGCGAGAAGAUGCUUCAGUGAUCAGACACUAGUCGAAGUGGUCACUAUGCAGGGCUUUUAUUACAGUCUAGCGAGAAUCGCGACGGUGUUCCGGGUGGAUAUUGAGCAUUCUAGGGGCGAUGCUCAAAGACCACAGGAGGCAAAGAAUGGUCAAGGGAGCUAG